GACAGUGAAAACAAUUUGAAAACAAACUGUUUAAAGGAAGUUGCUGUCAACACAGGUUUAAUUAUGUCAGUUUAAAGGAAUGAUACUUUUGGAAUUUUGCUGCAGGCUGGUCUGAGAUCUGCAGAGGAGGAUGUUUUGUCUCAGGCUGACCCUGUGGCUUCAGCCUGGGAAACAGGUUUUCUCCGUCUCAUGGCAGAGUGUCCAUAAACUUGCCUCGCUUCAUAAAGCCACAGCGCUUCCCCAAAAGAAAGUCCAAAACUUACUCUACCCCUUUAGCGCACUGGAGGCUUACCUGGACAGGUCUGUGGACAGGUCACAGUUCCAGCUCUUUCAUCCCAGUUUGGAGGACAUGGUUAAAGCAGAGAAGCUCUUCUGCUCUUCUCCGUCUCAUAAGAUUGAUUACUACAUCUCUGCAGAGAGGAUGGACCAUGUACCGGCAAUGAAACCCCCCGAGGUGUGUUUCAUCGGCAGGAGCAACGUGGGCAAGUCGUCUCUCAUCAAAGGUCUGUUCUCCCUCACUCCUGAGCUAGAAGUCCGAGUCUCCAAAACUCCAGGUCACACAAAGAAGAUGAACUUCUUUAGAGUGGGCAAAGCUUUCACCAUCGUUGACAUGCCAGGCUACGGACACAGAGCACCCAAAGACUUUGUGGACAUGGUGGAGCCGUAUCUCCACACGAGGAAGAAUCUGGUUCGGACGUUCCUGUUGGUCGAUGGUAGCGUUGGUCUUCAGAAGGCCGACAUGAUCGCCCUGGAGAUGUGUGAGGAGAUCAGACGUCCAUAUGUGAUGGUGGUGACUAAGAUUGACAAAUGUGGCUACGGAACACUGCUGACAAACCUUUUGGAUCUUCAGGAUGUGGUCAAAACACAAACCACAAGCUGCUUCCCCCAGCCCAUACUGGUCAGCUCCCUCCAGUUCUGGGGGAUCUACCUCCUGAGAUGCUUCAUUGCUCAUGUAACAGGGAGCAUCAGGUUAACGGACACCUCUCAGAGCUGACCAGAGGACAGCUUAGGCUCACUGGCUGGAUCCAUGCACAUCCACAAUGCUUCAGAGGCUUUUAUUUUCUAAUAAAAAUGGAAAACACUC